AGACAGCAGCAAUGGGGAGGCCGUACAGGGACCCCAUGACACACUCUGGACCUGGCAGCAGCAUGAGGAGGCGGUACAGGGGCCCAUGACAGAUUACGGGCCUGGCAGCAGCAUGAGGAGUCAGUACGGGGGCCCAUGGCAGAUUACGGGCCUGGCAGCAGCAAUGUGGGAGGCCCGUAAUCUGCCAGCACCCUAUGACAAAAUGGAACCCACCAGCAGUGUGAGGAGACCUGAAAGUGGCACAUGGCAGAGUGUGGCGAUGGAGACAGCAAGCAAUGGGAGGCCGUACAGGGACCCAUGACACACUCUGGACCUGGGCAGCAGCAUGA